AUGGGCCAGCGGUGGAUUGCAGCCCUCUCAAACUACAAGGUCCCGCCCCAUAACCGUGAUGUACAUUACAACGCCGAUGAAAACGGGAUACGUAGGUUUGGACAUGAAAUCACUGAGGCCGUGUCCGCAGUUACAACAACCUCUAUAGAAGCCCUGACAGUGACAAAGCCCUCCGCCUUCUGCCACCCUCCUGUUAACACAAGGUACACCGCCUUCUGCCACCCUCCUGUUAGCACAAGGCUCUCCGCCUACUGUCAUCUUCCUGUUAACACAAGGUCUGCCAACCUCCUGUUAACACAAGAUACACCGCCUUCUGCCAUCCUCCUGUUUACACAAGGUACACCGCCUUUUGCCAUCCUCCUGUUAACACAAGGCCCUCCGCCUACUGCCAUCCUCCUGUUAACACAAGAUCCACCAACUACUGCCAACCUCCUGUCAGCACAAGGCCCUCCGCCAACUGCCAUCCUCCUAUUAACACAAGGUACACCGCCUUCUGCCACCCUCCUGUCAGCACAAGGCCCUCCGCCUACUGUAAUCCUCCUGUUAACACAAGGUCCACCGCCUACUGCCAACCACCUGUUAGCACAAGGCCCUCCGCCUACUGCGACCCUCCUGUUAACACAAGGUACACCGCCAAAUGUCAUCCCCCUGUUUGGACAAGGCCCUCUGCCUUCUGCAACCCUCCUGUCAACACAAGGCCCUCCGCCUUCUGCGACCCUCCUCAUCAAGUCCACCGCCUACUGCCACCCUCCUGUUAACACUAGGGACUCCGCCUACUGCCACCCUGCUGCUAGCACAAGGCCCUCCGCAUUCUGCCACCAUCCUGUAAGCACCAGGUUCACCGCCUACUGCCACCCUCAUGUUAGCACAAGGUCCACUGCCUACUGCCAUCCUCCUGUUAACACAAGGCCCUCCGCCUACUGCAACCCUCCUGUUAACACAAGGUCCUCAGCCUAUUGCCACCCUCCUGUUAGCACAAGACCCUCCGCCUACAGCCACCCUCCUAACAAGGCCCUCCGCCUACUGCCACCCUCUGUUGUCACAAGGCCCUCCGCCUACUGCCACCCUCCGGUAAACACAAGGUCCUCCGCCUACUGCCACCCUCCUGUAAGCGCAAGGUCAACCGCCUUCUGCCACCCUCCUGUUAACACAACGCCCUCCGCCUACUGCCACCCUCCUGUUAACACAAGGUCAUCAGCCUACUGCCACCGUCCUGUUAGCACAAGACCCUCCGCGUACAGCCACCCUCCUGUUAACACAAGGUCAACAGCCUACGGCCAUCCACCUGUUAACACAAGGUCCACCGCCUACUGCCACCCUCCUGUUAGCACAAGGUCCACCGCCUUCUGCCACCCUCCUGUUAAGACAAGGUCCACCGCCUACUGCCAUCCUCCUGUUAACACAAGGUCCACCGCCUUCUGCCAACCUCCUGUUAACACAAGGCCCACCGCCUACUGCCACCCUCCUGUUAACACAAGGUCCUUCGCCUACUGCCAUCCUCCUGUUAACACAAGGCCCUCCGCCUGCAAUCCUCCUGUUAACACAAGGACCUCCGCCUUCUGCCAUCCUCCUGUUAACACAAGGUACACCGCCUUCUGCCAUCCUCCAGUAAACACAAGGUACACCGUCUCCUGCGCCAUCCUCCUGUUUACACAAGGUACACCGCCUACUGCCAUCCUCCUCUUUACACAAGGUACACCGCCUUCUGCAAUCCCCCUGUUUACACAAGGACAAGGCCCUCCGCCUUCUGCCACCCUCCUGUUAACACAAGGUACACCGCCUUCUGCCACCCUCCUGUUAGCACAAGGCUCUCCGCCUACUGCCAUCUUCCUGUUAACACAAGCACAAGGCCAACCGCCUACUGCCAUCCUCCUGAUAACACAAGGUCCACCGCCUACUGCCACCCUCCUGUUAACACAAGGUCCACCGCCUACUGCCAUCCUCCUGUUAACACAAUGUCUACCACCAACUGCCACCCUCCUGUUAACACAAGGUACACCGCCUUCUUCCACCCUCCUGUUAGCGCAAGGCUCCGCCUUCUGCCAUCCACCUGUUAACACAAGGCCCACCGCCUACUGCCAUCCUCCUGUUAACACAAGGUCCACAGCCUACUGCCACCCUCCUGUUAACACAAGGAACAUCGCCAUCUGUCACCCUCUUGUUAGCACAAGGCCCACCGCCUACUGCCAUCCUCCUGUUAACACAAGGUCCACCGCCUACUGCCACCCUCCUGUUAACACAAGGUCCACCGCCUACUGCCAUCCUCCUGUUAACACAAGGUCUUGUCCACCGCCUACUGAUAUCCUCCUGUUAACACAAGGUCCACCACCUACUGUCACCCUCCUGUUUGCGCAAGGUCCACCGGCUACUGCCACCCUCCUGUUAGCAAAAGGUCCACCGCCUACUGUCACCCUCCUGUUAGUGCAAGGUCCACCGCCUUCUGCCACCCUCCUGUUAGCGCAAGGUCCAACAACAACUGCCACCCUCCUGUUAGCACAAGGUCCACCGCCUACUGCCAUCCUCCUGUUAGCACAAGGUCAACCGCCUACUGCCACCCUCCUGUAA